AGGUAAAAAUGAGUAAGCUUCAACUCAUUCUCUUGUUUCUCACACUCAGCUCGAGUUUUCAGCUACUUUGUGAUGGAAAGGUGAUGAUGGAAUACAUCGGCGCGACCGGAAUUCCGGUGAAGUUGGAGGACGUCCCGAUCGAAGACGCCAUCGAUUUCCACUUCAUCCUCAGUUUCGCCAUCGACGCGGACUCCUCCGGCGCCGCGCAGAACGGCGUGUUCUCGCCGUACUGGGCCGCCACCCUGACCCCGGCCGCGGUGGCGGCCGCCAAAGCCCAGCACCCGAACGUGAAGGCCAUGGCGAGCCUCUCCGGCUGGAGCCUGGGCCCCAAGACCCUCUCCUGGUACAACCCCCGCAACCGCGACCUCUGGAUCUCCAACGCCUUCUCCUCCCUCAAAACCCUAAUCCACACCUACCACCUCGACGGCGUCGACGUCGACUACGAGAGGUUCCCCAAGCACAGCGGCGACAGCUUCGCCUACUGCAUCGGCGAGCUCAUCACCAUGCUCAAGAACCACAGCCUCAUCACGGUCGCCACGAUCGCGCCGUUCUACUCCACCGUCGCGCCUUACGUCGAGCUCUGCGGGAGGUACGGGGGCGUCAUAGACUACGUUAACUACCAGUUCUACACGGACAAGGUGAGGAGCCCCGAGAAGUAUCUGGAAGCUUUCCGGAAUCGGACAGUGCAGUUCGACGGGAAUAAGGUUUUGCCGGCGUACGAGGUGGACGGGAGGGGGAUUCAAGGUGAUGAGUUUUUUGCGGCGUUGGGUUUGUUGGAGCAGAGUGGGUUUGAGAUCGACGGUGCCAUGAUUUUCUCGGCGGAUGCUUCUGCCUCCGGCGGGUUCUAUUAUGAGAAGAGGACUCAAGAGUUUUUGCUCAAUAAUGCUACUCGCAAGUUUGUUCAUUAGGUUGAUCUCUUGUUCUUUAAUUAUUUCAUAAAUCACACGUUCUAAAAUUAAAUUAAGAUGUGAGUUCUUUUUUUAAUCAUGGAUGUUA